UCUAUUGUGUUUAUGUUAUCUGUCUUCGUUUGUUACGCGAGAGGAAACUGAGUUCAGCUACAAAACAUCUUCAGCCGCCUCUGGACAUGGACUGGAAUGUAUCUUAAAUAUUAGACUCCUCUCCACACGCUCAAAAUGAACAACAAAGGCUGGCUGGAGUUGGAGAGUGAUCCAGGACUGUUUACUUUGCUGGUGGAAGAUUUUGGUGUCAAAGGCGUCCAAGUUGAGGAAAUCUAUGAUCUACAAAGUAAAUGUCACAGUCCUGUUUAUGGCUUCAUCUUCCUUUUUAAGUGGAUUGAAGAGCGUCGGUCCAGGAGAAAAGUCAACACCUUGGUGGAUGAGACCUCAGUUAUAGAUGAGGAAAUUGUAAAUGACAUGUUCUUUGCUCAUCAGCUGAUACCAAACUCAUGUGCCACUCAUGCCUUGCUGAGUGUUCUUCUGAACUGCAGUGGAGUCGAACUUGGUACCACCCUCAGUCGCAUAAAGGCUUUUACUAAAGGCUUCAGUCCUGAGAGCAAAGGCUACGCGAUAGGAAAUGCUCCAGAGCUCGCCAGGGCACACAACAGCCAUGCCAGGCCGGAGCCCAGGCACCUUCCGGAGAAACAGAAUGGGAUCAGUGCAGUGAGGACGAUGGAGGCCUUCCACUUUGUCAGCUAUGUGCCAAUCAAAGACCGCCUCUUUGAGCUUGAUGGGCUCAAGGCUUACCCCAUUGAUCAUGGGCCCUGGGGAGAGGAUGAGGAAUGGACUGACAAGGCUCGCCGUGUUAUUAUGGAGAGGAUCGGCCUGGCCACUGCUGGUGAGCCGUACCAUGAUAUCCGCUUCAACCUGAUGGCAGUGGUGCCUGACCGCAGAAUGAAAUAUGAGUCCAAGUUGGAAAUUCUAAAGAGGAACCGGCAGAUCAUUCUGGAGGGUCUGCAGAAGAUGAUCCGGCUCACUCAGCCUGAGGUUGUUCACGACAAGAAGCAGCAGAACUCUUCAUCUCCAGAUGAAAACACCAUCAAGAAAGAAGCAGAUGCAGAUUCAGUGGAUGAGUCGGGGGUUCAGUCCAAGGAUGGAGCUGGUUCCUCUGGAAGCUCAAAGGUCAUGGGAAAACCUGCUGCCCCCACAGGAGGAGGAGCCCAGCAAGUCAACCCCAUCGUUCAGCGCCUACCUGCCUUCCUUGACAACCACAACUACGCCAAGUCCCCGAUGCAGGAGGAGGAAGAUCUAGCAGCUGGUGUCGGACGCUCUCGGACAGCCGGCCCUCCUCAGCCUCCGUUCUCAGAUGAUGAAGAUGAAUUUGAUGAAGACGAGGAAGAAGCAGCAGGUUCUGCCAGUGCUUCCAGCAGAUUCAGACGAAAGGCGAGCCUGCGGUCCAGAACGGGACGGGUUGGAACUGGGAUGGAGAGCCAGAUUGCCCUCAACGUUUUGGCAGAGAAACUGAAGAAGGAAGCUCAAAGAAAAGAUGGUGUAAACACCCCUCUGUCUGUGCGCACUGAAGGUCGCACCGGUGGUAUCUGCAUCACGUCCGCCUCGCAGCCUUCCCCCACACCCAGCAACGAAAGCACGGACACGGCCUCUGAAAUUGGCAGCGCCUUCAACUCCCCGCUGCGCUCGCCGGCUCGCUCUCAGGCGGCCACGCGUCCCUCGAGCCCAGUCGCCUCCCAUCUGUCCCGUGUGCUGUUCGGAGAGGAUGAAAUGUUGAGGCUGGACUCCAGACAUAACCGCGCCGUAAGAGAACUGGGACCUUCAGUCAGUGCAUCGCUGCUGCACCUACAAGACGACGGAGUCAUUUAUGCUCUCCCUCCAUCUGGAGAUUCUGCUGAAGGCACGAAGCUCUGCACCCCUGAGAAGGUAAAACUCAAAGUGAAGGAAGAUGAAAAAGAUGCCAUAAAAGAAGGAGAUGAGGGACCAUCUGUAGCGGUGAAGAAAGAAGACGAGAACGAAGAUGGUGCAGCGAUGAAACCUGGCAAGGAAAAGCUCAAUGUUACGGAGUCUGGAGCAGACAGCAAGCCACCAGGGGAUAAGUACUCUCCAAAAGAGCUGCUUGCACUACUCAAGUGUGUAGAAGCUGACAUUGGCAAUUAUGAGGUGUUUCUAAAGGAGGAAGUAGAAAAGAGAAAGAAAUUCAAAAUAGAUGAUCAGAGGAGGACUCACAAUUACGACGAGUUUAUCUGCACAUUUAUAUCAAUGUUGGCCCAAGAAGGCAUGCUGGCCAGCCUCGUGGAGCAAAACAUCUCUGUGCGCCGCCGGCAGGGAGUGAGCAUCGGCCGGCUGCACAAGCAGAGAAAGCCUGAUCGAAGGAAACGCUCCCGACCUUACAAAGCCAAACGCCAGUAGUCACAAAGUCAAAUGAACACCAAGUAAUCACUGCAAGGAAUAAAAUGAUGUUGCUUCACUUCUGAAAAUCAUUCCUUUCGACAGUAUUGUGCUGUAUUUUUUUUUUUUUUUUUGUGCUUCAUGAAAUCUGUUUUUGGUCUUGCUCUCGUAAAUGUUUGUUCGUGUGAUGCUUGCAUUGUUUUUAUCAUCAGUACUUUCAAGCAGAUUGAGCUUAUGUAAAACUUCUGCAACUGAACUAUUAACUAAAAGUCAAUAUUUUCUCAGUGCCAAUGAAGUAUUGAAUGUUUGUUUUUUUUUGGUAAAAUACAAUUUUUGUUUUUUUUUUACUCUCAGUAAAUUUCUGCCUCAACACAUUCAGUGGAGGAAUUUACCUUGUAAUGUACUGUUGUCUUUUUAUCAUGUUAUUUAAAACUGACAAUAUGACUCUGUAAGGGUUUGAAAUGCCUUUCUUAUUUUAAAGGUCUUUACUUGUUUGUGUCUUUAGGGGAUUCUGCAAAUAUACACAGAGAUUUUGUGUUUGUACCUGUUUUGGAUCUCAGAGUGAGUUAAGUUGAAUUUGUGCUGCUUUAUAUUUUUGUAUAUAUUUACAUGUUAUUUGGCCCGUAGACUAAAUUCGGUAAUUCUCUGUGCUUGCCAGUUUAUUCUGAAAUAAAGUUAGUUACCAAAGCAAA